UUGCAGAUGGGUGCAAAUGUCGGAUACUCGGGCGACUGUCAGAUGGUGAGUCGCUUCACCCCGACGAGUCCUCCAAUCGUCUGAAUACCAUGAAACAGGCUGUCACUGGCGGUGUGCCCGUGAAUCCGAAGUCCGAGGCCGGGCUUGAACAUGUCUCGAUAGCCAGAUCUAGCUCAUCCCACGUCCACCAUCCAGCACGAUGUCACACUAGACGAAGAGUUUCUACGCGUUGCGAUGGACCAAGCAUUGGGCGGCAUAGCACGGGCGGCGCUCGUCGAAGAGGUUGCAGCGAGCUCCAAGGCGUCCUCAGGCCCGACGUCACCAUCCAAUGACGAUGAGGUCUGCGGGCUCAAGGCGCGUCUCUGAGUUUUCUCCGCGAGUACUUCGUCGCCAAACCGCGUGGGGCGGAUCCGGUGGGACGGCUUGAGGCUGGCUGCGGUCACGGAGACGUAGACGGAGAGGUGCACACAACGAUAGGAGAGGAUAG